UGGAGCUGGAAAUCUGACCAGGGCAUCUGGAGCCUGACCUCCUUUCUCACUUCACCAAGCAAGCCUCCCCUCAUCCCUACGGCCCCUGUAGAGCUGUCACUGCCACUGACCAUCCCAGCAGCUCACCAUGAAGUCCUGGGUCCUUCUCUGUCUGGCCCUGCUUUGGCUGGAGCUCCACAGCGGUGAAUGCCAACAAGCCAAGAAAAGAAAAGAGGCGGGGGACAACCGCAUCAGGCCGGGAGGGAAACGGGUGAAGUCGCGACCCACAAAAGUUAAGGAUGGAGGGCCCAAAGGUCAGUCCCUGCUGACCCAGGUCUUGGAUAAAGGCCGCUUCCUUCGCUUGGGUCAAACCGCGACUCUGACUCCUGGGAGGAACAUGGAGCUGCGCUGCAAAGGCAGCAACAUUGGAUGGUCCUACCCGGCCUACCUGGACACCUUCAACGACUCACGCCUCAGCAUCAAGCAGAGCGACAAGUACAGUCAGCUGAUCCUGACGUCCCCCUCUGCUGCUGACACUGGGGCCUACAGCUGCUGGGUGAUCAUGUGUGAUGGGACAGAGUGCGAGAAGGACCACGACCGCUCCUACGUCUCAUACAUCUACUUCACAGACAAAGAGAACCUCUUCGUCCCUUCCGCCAUCCACUUUGAGAUUGUGUACCUGCGCCCGGACGUCCCUGCUGUGGUGCCCUGCCGUGUGACCGACCCACAGGCCAAGGUGACCUUGCACAGAGAAGUCCCACCGGAGGAGAUCCCAGCCAACGAGACCCUGGUGACCUACGACCCCACCAGGGGCUUUGUCUUGCAGAAGCCCAAUCUGGAGCUCCGGGGAGUUUUCUACUGCAAGGCUGUGGCCAAGGGGACCCCUCAGAUCUCCACCAAGUACCAGCUCCUCUACGUGGAGGUUCCCAGUGGUCCACCGUUUGUGAGCCUACAGUCAUCUCCAGAGUCUGUGAGAGGAGGCGACAACAUGAACGUGACGUGCACAGUGCUGGGGGAGCCCGAGGUGGACGUGAGCUUCGUGUGGUCAUAUCCUGGUCAGGACCUGCGUCCCGUUCACAUCCUCACCUCCUGGCGGCUGGUUAACCGGGGAAUGGGUCACACCACACGGGUCUCCCAAAGUGUCAUGACCGUGGAGGACAUGGAGACCAUCGACUUUGGAAACUACGUCUGUAAAACCAAAAACCGGCAGGGUGAGACGAUCGUGACCGUCAACAUCAUCUCCAAAUAGUCUGACGCCGAGUAUCACGUUUGAUGGUGAAGUGUUUUCCUCAUGUUGUUCAGAUUUAAUUGGAACAAACCAAACAGUGAGACCACAUGAAAUCGCCAUGUUCUUAAGAAUGGAUGUAUGUUUAGACUGCACAUGGUAAUAAUAAAGAUUUGCUUUGUA